AUGGCCUCCACAUGGCUCGAGGCCUCAAGUGAAGCGCGCCGACUUCCUCCUUCCGUGAACAAUCCUGCCGAUGCUGGGUCCCGCUACUACAUCAUGGGUGUGCUGCUUGCGCUGGGUAUCAUCCUCGGCGUCUUCAUGCUCUGGGCCCGCUGCCGUUUUCCUGUUGUCCGCCGAGUCACACUCGCAGUGGCAACCCCUCCUCCCGCAAAGACGCGUCAAACGACACCGCCGCCCAUUUUCGACGUGUUUGUCGCACCAACCAACGUUCAUGCUGCUCUGUGGACCGAUAUGCUGCCGCUUUCGCUUUCGCUAUUGCCCCCACGCACUUGCGCCGCUGGCAAGGAAAAUGCUGGACUGCAGUCCGUCCCGGCCCAUGUUGCCGCCCUCGUCGCGAUGCCAAGCUUGUGCCCGGAAGAGUGCUUCGAGUUCGCUGUCGGCACUGUCGAGGUUAAGCUUUAG